UCGCUUCGAUUUGGUUUGGGAAUCGUAACGUCCAACCUCGUCUCGUCUCGCCCUUCGCAGAACAGAUCCGGGACGCAACUCUCGUCAGACGGUCACCUUUUUGGGGCAUCGAUAGUGGCGCGUGUGGGCCACCCUAUAAGGAGUGGAAUUUUAAUUGUAAAACCAAUUCCCAUCCACAGAGCUCUCUUCUAUCGGCAUGGCACCCCCGAACAGCACAUCGGACAGCAACAACGAGGAACUCGCUUUGGACACAAGUGCUGCACAUGGCAAUGGCAUCACAGCUCCAACGGGAGCGCCUGCCACUGGGUCGACACUGGCCACUGGCGACAACAAAGUCAAUCAGUGGCGGUACGAGCCACGAGAACGUUUCAUUAUCACCCGAAAUGUCGUUGUGAUUGGCCUCGCGUUUAUGAUACAUUUCACGGCCUUCCAUGGCACAUCGAACCUCCAGAGCUCGGUGAAUGCGGACAAGGCCCUGGGCACCACCACACUGGCCGUCAUCUACGGCUCCCUGAUUUUGUCGAAUGUGUUUCUGCCCAUGACUGUGAUUAGUUGGUUCGGCUGCCGCUUGACCAUGGCCCUCGCUCUGUUCGCCUACAUGCCCUACAUCGCCGCCCAGUUCUAUCCCCGGUUCGAGACACUGAUUCCCGCAGCUCUAAUGGUGGGCUUCGGUGGCGGACCUCUGUGGUGCUCCAAGUGCACGUACCUAUCCACCGUAUCGGAGGCGCUGACUCAAGUGCGCGGCAACAAGUCACGGAAGGAUGUCAACACGGUCAAGUUCUUCGGUCUGUUCUUCAUCUUCUACCAGAUGGCACAGGUCUGGGGUAACCUUAUCUCCUCCUCGGUGCUCACCCUUAGUGGUCCGGCCAAGACCGCGAGCAAUGGCAGCCUGGAAAUGGAAGAGGAUAGCAGCCCAAGCCUCAGCAAAGUGGGCGAGUUGUGUGGCGCACGCUUUUGUCCGGGUGUGGGGGCCGAGGCCAAUCCCAAUCUGGUGCCUCCGGCUCCGGAGCAGAUUCAGCUUCUGAACUCGAUUUUCCUGGCCUGCAUGGCUGCUGCCGUCGUCAUGAUGAUCUUUGGCGUUAGUUCCCUAAAGCGCUACGGCGUCAAGCGUGGCGACACAGGAGACGGAAUUUCUGGCCUAAAGUUGCUGACGGUGACCAUUAACCUGCUGCGCAAGCGCCGCCAGAUCCUGAUGCUGCCCAUUACCAUGUUCAUUGGACUGGAGGAGGCUUUCCUGGCCGUGGAUUUCACCCGCUCGUUUGUGGCCUGCGGCUGGGGCAUUUCGAAGAUCGGUUUCGCCAUGAUUUGCUUUGGCAUCGCCAAUGCCAUAGCAGCUGGCAUUGCAGGUGCUCUGGUGGAGCGCAUUGGACGCAUCACCUUGGCCGGACUCUGUGCUGUCCUGAAUCUCUGCCUCCUGGCGUACAUGUACACGUGGGAGGCGCGAGAGGGCGACUACAUUCGGUAUUGCGCCUUUGCCGCCGUUUGGGGCAUCUGCGAUGGCAUCUGGUUGGUUGUGGUAAACGCUUUUUAUGGAAUCUUGUUCCCGAACCAUUUGAUUGCGGCUUAUAGCAACUUUCGGCUGUGGGAAAGCACGGGUUCGGUUAUUGGAUACGUGAUAAGCUCGCAGCUUUGCACCUCCACCAAAUUGGUGAUUCUGAUGUGCGUCAUGCUGGUGGGUUGUGUGGGCUACGGUCUCAUCGAAUACCGCGUCUGGCAAAAACAAAAGAAUCUCGAGAUCAUGCUGAGCGAUUGA